ACGCCCGCCAGCGGCGUCCCUUGCUCCAGCUGCUUCCUGGGCAGUCCAAGAUGGCGGCGCGCUGGAGUAGUGAGAAUGUUGUGGUGGAGUUUCGGGACUCGCAGGCAACUGCAAUGUCCGUGGACUGUCUUGGGCAGCAUGCAGUGCUUUCUGGGCGCCGCUUCCUCUACAUUGUUAACUUAGAUGCACCUUCUGACGGCCACCGCAAGAUCUCGCGCCAGAGCAAGUGGGACAUAGGAGCUGUGCAGUGGAACCCGCAUGACAGUCACUCACACUACUUUGCUGCGUCGAGCAACCAACGAGUUGACCUGUAUAAAUGGAAAGAUGGUAAUGGGGAAGUUGGCACUUCCUUGCAAGGGCACACACGUGUGAUCAGUGAUUUGGACUGGGCACUAUUUGAGCCGGACCUGCUGGUUACCAGUUCGGUUGACACGUACAUCUACAUCUGGGAUAUCAAGGACACCCGAAAGCCUACUGUCUCACUUUCUGCCGUCGCUGGUGCCUCCCAGGUAAAAUGGAAUAAGAAGAAUGCCCACUGCUUGGCAACCAGCCAUGACGGGGAUGUGCGCAUUUGGGACAGGCGGAAACCCGGCACUGCGGUGGAGUACUUGGCUGCGCAUCUCUCUAAAAUCCAUGGCCUGGACUGGCAUCCAGACAAUGAGAACAUAUUGGCUACGUCCAGCCAGGACAACUCUGUUAGGUUUUGGGAUUACCGACAACCCCGAAAAUACCUCAACAUCCUGGCAUGUCAGGUUCCUGUCUGGAAAGCCAGAUACACGCCUUUCAGCAAUGGACUGGUGACAGUGAUGGUGCCCCAGCUGCGGAGAGAGAACAGCCUCCUCCUCUGGAAUGUCUUUGACCUGAACACGCCGGUCCACACCUUUGUCGGGCACGAUGAUGUUGUGCUAGAAUUCCAGUGGCGGAAGCAGAAGGAAGGAUCCAAGGACUAUCAGCUGGUCACCUGGUCUCGAGAUCAGACACUUCGAAUGUGGCGAGUUGAUUGCCAGCUGCAACGGCUUUGCUCCAAUGACCUCCUGGAUGGGGUGGAGGAGCUCAUCGAUGGGAUUUCUCUCCUGCCAGAGCCAGACAAGGCCCUGCCUUCCCAGGACACUGAGCCCCAGCAAAAUGCCAACCACGUAGAAGAGGAAGCCUUGAAAGAAGACUCCCAGAAAAGUCUCCUGGUGGGGAAAAAGCUGGACCAGCUGGGGCUGCCUCAAACCUUGCAGCAGGAAUUCUCUCUGAUCAACGUUCAGAUCCGAAAUGUCAACAUGGAGAUGGAUGCCGUAAAUCGUAGCUGCACCGUCUCCGUGCACUGCAGCAACCACAGGGUCAAGAUGCUGGUGAUGUUCCCUGCUCAGUAUCCCAACAACGCAGCCCCCUCCUUCCAGUUUGUCAAUCAGACUACCAUCCCCUCCACCAUGAAGGCCAAGCUGCUGAAGAUCCUGAAGGACACUUCCAUGCAGAAGGUGAAACGGAAUCAGUGCUGCCUGGAGCCCUGUCUGCGCCAGUUGGUCUCCUGUCUGGAGUCUGUUGUGAACCAGGAGGACAGCUCUUCCAGCAACCCCUAUGCACUCCCAAACUCCGUCACGCCGCCCUUGCCAACAUUCCCCAGGGUCUCGAAUGCUUAUGGCUCCUAUCAGGAUUCCAACAUCCCAUUUCCACGCACCUCUGGAGCCAGGUUUUGUGGGGCAGGGUACUUGGUGUACUUCACACGACCCAUGACGAUGCACCGCACAGUGUCCCCUACAGAACCAACCCCCCGAUCCCUGUCGGCCCUCUCAGCCUACCAUAGUGGCCUCAUCACUCCCAUGAAGAUCCGUACAGAGACCCCUGGCAACCUGCGCUUGUAUGGUGGGAGCCCUACACGCAACGAGAAGGAGCAGGUCUCCAUCAGUUCCUUCUACUAUAAGGAGAGGAUGUCGCCUUGCUCUGCCAGACGGCGUUGGUCCAUACAAGCAAUUAACGACUUCCCGAAAUCCAGGAGAUGGAAGAGCAGCAAGCGAGAGGGGAUGGAUGCUGCCAACCGGCCCAUCAAAGCUGCCGGGAAAGUGAUCAUUCAGGAUGUCUCUUGUCUGCUUCCUGUCCACAAAUUACUAGGGGAGAUGUACAUACUGAACGUGACUGACAUCCAGGAGACCUGUCAGAAGAAUGCUGCCUCGGCCCUGACUGUGGGACGCAAGGAUCUCUUGCAGGUCUGGUCACUGGCCACAGUAGCAACUGACCUCUGCCUCGGCCCAAACUCUGACCCAGACUUGGAGACCCCCUGGGCCCAGCAUCCAUUCGGCCGCCAGCUCCUGGAUUCUCUGGUGGCCCACUAUUGCCAGCUCCAUGAUGUGCAGACUCUGGCCAUGCUGUGCAGCGUCUUUGAAGCCCAGUCCAGGCCACAGGGAGCCCUGAUUCCUGUUGGAUUCUUUCCUCAACGCUCCUCCAGCCACAGCCGAUAUCCUAGCUUUACCUCCUCUGGCUCCUGUUCCAGCAUGUCAGACCCUGGACUCAACACCAGCAGCUGGAACAUAGCCAGCAAAGAAUUGGACCACAUACCAACCUGGGGCGAGUCUUCACCUGAUGACUUACGCUUUGGGAACUUGGCAUUCGCUGACCACCGGGAUCGCGAGAAGGAUCAGCAUGACAAGAACAAAAGGCUUCUGGACCCAGCCAACACCCAGCAGUUUGAUGACUUUAAGAAGUGCUACGGAGAAAUCCUUUACCGCUGGGGCCUGCGAGAGAAGCGGGCGGAAGUUCUCAAGUUUGUCUCUUGCCCCCCUGACCCGCACAAGGGGAUUGAGUUUGGGGUCUACUGCAGCCACUGCCGCAGCGAAGUGCGUGGCGUUCAGUGUGCCCUCUGCAAGGGCUUUGCGUUCCAGUGUGCCAUCUGCCACGUAGCAGUCCGAGGCUCUUCCAACUUCUGCCUGACCUGCGGGCACGGAGGACACACCAGCCACAUGAUGGAGUGGUUCCGCACUCAGGAAGUGUGUCCCACAGGCUGUGGGUGCCACUGCUUGCUGGAGAGCACUUUCUGACCAAGCAUCGCUGGAGCCUGAAUUUGGCCACGCGUGGUCUCCGUUGGGCCACUCUUGGGAAGCAGAGAGGCUGCUGUCUUCCCAUGUUGCUUUCAGGAGGGGUGGCCAGUUGUCUUAGUUGCUGAUGGGUUGAUGCAGCACUCUGCCAGCAGAUGUUUGGGUGGGAUGGCUUGUGGUCCAUGAGCGAGCAUCUCAUAAGCUCCUGGAGGGCUUCCUGCUUCAGCAGAGUAUCUUCCCUAAAGUGCAGGGAAAGAGUCUGUUAUUUGCAAAAGACAAUCAUUGGAGAGGGAUGGAGGGAUUACAGGCUUUGCAGUCAGCCUGGAGAUGAGGAACAAAUCAAAUGCAUUGGCUGGAUACUUGAGAAAUUUCCAGCACAACUGUGUUGUGAUCCAUUUCCCCCUGAACUACGAUUCCUUGCCUUCAUGAAGCUCCCUGUACUACACAAACAGAAGUAUUGAAGUUAGCAGAGAGAGAAAGAGCUUCGUAUACAUACAAGGGGGAAGAUGCACAAACCUUGACAGGCUGAAGAGUCCCUUGUGCACAGUGCAGCAUAAUCAUUUCCAUGAGCAUCGAACAGAAAGCUCUCAACUGGAUUUCUUCUCUCUCUCUCUCUCUCUCUCUCUCUCUCCAUCUGAGAAUUGGGCAUGGCUUCAUUUCCAGAGAUGGGUGGGCCAGUUUGAUUCUGUCCUUUCCCCCUCCUUUUCGUUUUAUAAAAGGCUAUUACUUCUGGGCCUACCUCAGUGACCUUUUUGCUUGGCUGUGCCUCUUGCACUCCUCUGAGGACCCAUUGCAGGACUGGAGUUAACGGCCUGCCAAUUCUGGUGGUGGAUUCUGUAAGGCCAAGAGGGUCUAAGAACAGCUGCAAGGAGCAGCACCAGCCAUCGACUUUGCAGUAGUGAUUUCAGGACUCAAAGAUCAGUAUUUUUUCUUGCCAAAAUGCAUUCCGGCCCAAAGGGAAGGGCGAAGGAAGAGGCUCCCCUCUGGCCAGCAGGUGCCCAGUUUCCUUGGCGGAUGGAAAUGGGAGCCCGAGUGGAGUUCUUCUGUCUGAGCUUGGACCGUCAGGCUAGCUGAGCCCACUUAGUGUGUGGACACUCCCUACAUGGUUCUUUUCCAGCCUUGUAGUUCAGGAAGUGUAUUUGUGUAUAUUCUGUAAUAAAAUGAGAACAUUUUAUAAA